AUGGUUCCACAGAGCAAUCUCCCAACCAUUAGUCCAAGUUAUCCAAGUGAUGCAUCUCCCAAUGACCGCUUAGUUGUGGUUAGAGAUGACAAUAGUGAUUCCACUGUGGUUUCAGUUGAUGUUAAAGAACCAACAGCAGGAUCUGUUCUUGUUUCAGAACCAAUUGAUAAGCCUGUAAUUGAUGAGCCUGGAAAAUAUGCUGUUGAAUUCCCCACAAGUUCAACACCAACUGGUGCUGCACCUCCACAAGAAGUGCAAACUUUUGCAGACAAUACACCUGGUUCAGAAGUCUACAAAGUGGAUUCUACUACCUAUGUAGUUGUUUUCCCAGUAACUGAUAACCCAGUAGAUGUUCCUUCAGGCACUUCAGCAUAUGUAUUCAAGAAACCAGAACUAGUAGAUGAAACUAAACAGACAGAUGGACCUAUUUAUGCCAUAACAGACAAAGAUACAACUAUUGAAGUAGUCAAAUGUGAAGAAGUAACACCUGGAUCACCAAGCACACCUGGAUCACCAAGCACACCUGGAUCACCAAGCACACCAGGAUCACCAAGCACACCUGGAUCACCAAGCACACCAGGAUCACCAAGCACACCAGGAUCACCAAGCACACCUGGAUCUCCAAGCACACCUGGAUCACCAAGCACACCAGGAUCACCAAGCACACCAGGAUCACCAAGCACACCAGGAUCACCAAGCACACCUGGAUCACCAAGCACACCAGGAUCACCAAGCACACCUGGAUCACCAAGCACACCUGGAUCACCAAGCACACCAGGAUCACCAAGCACACCUGGAUCACCAAGCACACCAGGAUCACCAAGCACACCAGGAUCACCAAGCACACCUGGAUCACCAAGCACACCUGGAUCACCAAGCACACCAGGAUCACCAAGCACACCUGGAUCACCAAGCACACCUGGAUCACCAAGCACACCAGGAUCACCAAGCACACCUGGAUCACCAAGCACACCAGGAUCACCAAGCACACCAGGAUCACCAAGCACACCUGGAUCACCAAGCACACCUGGAUCACCAAGCACACCAGGAUCACCAAGCACACCAGGAUCACCAAGCACACCAGGAUCACCAAGCACACCAGGAUCACCAAGCACACCUGGAUCACCAAGCACACCUGGAUCACCAAGCACACCAGGAUCACCAAGCACACCAGGAUCACCAAGCACACCAGAAUCACCAAGUACACCUUGCGCUCAAGUAAUGGUUCCACAGAGCAAUCUCCCAACCAUUAGUCCAAGUUAUCCAAGUGAUGCAUCUCCCAAUGACCGCUUAGUUGUGGUUAGAGAUGACAAUAGUGAUUCCACUGUGGUUUCAGUUGAUGUUAAAGAACCAACAGCAGGAUCUGUUCUUGUUUCAGAACCAAUUGAUAAGCCUGUAAUUGAUGAGCCUGGAAAAUAUGCUGUUGAAUUCCCCACAAGUUCAACACCAACUGGUGCUGCACCUCCACAAGAAGUGCAAACUUUUGCAGACAAUACACCUGGUUCAGAAGUCUACAAAGUGGAUUCUACUACCUAUGUAGUUGUUUUCCCAGUAACUGAUAACCCAGUAGAUGUUCCUUCAGGCACUUCAGCAUAUGUAUUCAAGAAACCAGAACUAGUAGAUGAAACUAAACAGACAGAUGGACCUAUUUAUGCCAUAACAGACAAAGAUACAACUAUUGAAGUAGUCAAAUGUGAAGAAGUAACACCUGGAUCACCAAGCACACCUGGAUCACCAAGCACACCUGGAUCACCAAGCACACCAGGAUCACCAAGCACACCUGGAUCACCAAGCACACCAGGAUCACCAAGCACACCAGGAUCACCAAGCACACCUGGAUCUCCAAGCACACCUGGAUCACCAAGCACACCAGGAUCACCAAGCACACCAGGAUCACCAAGCACACCAGGAUCACCAAGCACACCUGGAUCACCAAGCACACCAGGAUCACCAAGCACACCUGGAUCACCAAGCACACCUGGAUCACCAAGCACACCAGGAUCACCAAGCACACCUGGAUCACCAAGCACACCAGGAUCACCAAGCACACCAGGAUCACCAAGCACACCUGGAUCACCAAGCACACCUGGAUCACCAAGCACACCAGGAUCACCAAGCACACCAGGAUCACCAAGCACACCAGGAUCACCAAGCACACCAGGAUCACCAAGCACACCUGGAUCACCAAGCACACCUGGAUCACCAAGCACACCAGGAUCACCAAGCACACCAGGAUCACCAAGCACACCAGAAUCACCAAGUACACCUUGCUCUCAAGUAAUGGUUCCACAGAGCAAUCUCCCAACCAUUAGUCCAAGUUAUCCAAGUGAUGCAUCUCCCAAUGACCGCUUAGUUGUGGUUAGAGAUGACAAUAGUGAUUCCACUGUGGUUUCAGUUGAUGUUAAAGAACCAACAGCAGGAUCUGUUCUUGUUUCAGAACCAAUUGAUAAGCCUGUAAUUGAUGAGCCUGGAAAAUAUGCUGUUGAAUUCCCCACAAGUUCAACACCAACUGGUGCUGCACCUCCACAAGAAGUGCAAACUUUUGCAGACAAUACACCUGGUUCAGAAGUCUACAAAGUGGAUUCUACUACCUAUGUAGUUGUUUUCCCAGUAACUGAUAACCCAGUAGAUGUUCCUUCAGGCACUUCAGCAUAUGUAUUCAAGAAACCAGAACUAGUAGAUGAAACUAAACAGACAGAUGGACCUAUUUAUGCCAUAACAGACAAAGAUACAACUAUUGAAGUAGUCAAAUGUGAAGAAGUAACACCUGGAUCACCAAGCACACCUGGAUCACCAAGCACACCUGGAUCACCAAGCACACCAGGAUCACCAAGCACACCUGGAUCACCAAGCACACCAGGAUCACCAAGCACACCAGGAUCACCAAGCACACCUGGAUCUCCAAGCACACCUGGAUCACCAAGCACACCAGGAUCACCAAGCACACCAGGAUCACCAAGCACACCAGGAUCACCAAGCACACCUGGAUCACCAAGCACACCAGGAUCACCAAGCACACCUGGAUCACCAAGCACACCUGGAUCACCAAGCACACCAGGAUCACCAAGCACACCUGGAUCACCAAGCACACCAGGAUCACCAAGCACACCAGGAUCACCAAGCACACCUGGAUCACCAAGCACACCUGGAUCACCAAGCACACCAGGAUCACCAAGCACACCAGGAUCACCAAGCACACCAGGAUCACCAAGCACACCAGGAUCACCAAGCACACCUGGAUCACCAAGCACACCUGGAUCACCAAGCACACCAGGAUCACCAAGCACACCAGGAUCACCAAGCACACCAGAAUCACCAAGUACACCUUGCUCUCAAGUAAUGGUUCCACAGAGCAAUCUCCCAACCAUUAGUCCAAGUUAUCCAAGUGAUGCAUCUCCCAAUGACCGCUUAGUUGUGGUUAGAGAUGACAAUAGUGAUUCCACUGUGGUUUCAGUUGAUGUUAAAGAACCAACAGCAGGAUCUGUUCUUGUUUCAGAACCAAUUGAUAAGCCUGUAAUUGAUGAGCCUGGAAAAUAUGCUGUUGAAUUCCCCACAAGUUCAACACCAACUGGUGCUGCACCUCCACAAGAAGUGCAAACUUUUGCAGACAAUACACCUGGUUCAGAAGUCUACAAAGUGGAUUCUACUACCUAUGUAGUUGUUUUCCCAGUAACUGAUAACCCAGUAGAUGUUCCUUCAGGCACUUCAGCAUAUGUAUUCAAGAAACCAGAACUAGUAGAUGAAACUAAACAGACAGAAGGACCUAUUUAUGCCAUAACAGACAAAGAUAUAACUAUUGAAGUAGUCAAAUGUGAAGAAGAAACACCUGGAUCACCAAGCACACCUGGAUCACCAAGCACACCUGGAUCACCAAGCACACCAGGAUCACCAAGCACACCUGGAUCACCAAGCACACCUGGAUCUCCAAGCACACCUGGAUCACCAAGCACACCAGGAUCACCAAGCACACCAGGAUCACCUAGCACACCAGAGACAACAUCAACUCCAUUAUUUUCCAGCACCACUGUAACACCUUAUGUUAGUGGCCCUACAGGAACAACACCAACUUCAACAAAAUGUGAUCUGGAGAUGGUUAACAUGCCUUCUAAUGCCAAUUAUGAGCCUGUUUAUGAAUAUCCUGAAGGAAUACAAACACCAAACCUAAUCAAACUGUCUGAUACUAAUCAGUAUGUUGGUAGAAUCUUUACUGAACCUAAUGAAAAUGUUGAGGCAUUUAUUCUUACUCCAGUCCAAGAAAUAACCAUUGCGACUGUAACUGGUGAUGGUAAACAAAAAGCUGCUCUCUUCACUCUUGAUAAAGAUAUUCAAAGUGAAAAUGUUUUUGGAGGACUGAAUCCAAACUAUAUAUAUGAAAAGGAUUAUAAUGCUGAAUCUAAAUAUAGCUUGGUUGUUUAUAAAGCAGAAAAUAAUAAAGUGUAUGAUUUUGAUAGCCUUAAUGCUGACUUCCAAUACCUGUUUGAUGUGACACCUAUACAGCUGCCUACCAACAAAGACAUCAGUCAAGUCACACCUGGUCCUGUAUAUGUUUUAGCAUCAUCGGAUGUUUCACUUUCAGUUGAAUAUUGUGCUGGAACACCAGGAUCACCAAGCACACCAGGAUCACCAAGCACACCAGGAUCACCAAGCACACCUGGAUCACCAAGCACACCAGGAUCACCAAGCACACCAGGAUCACCAAGCACACCUGGAUCACCAAGCACACCAGGAUCACCAAGCACACCAGGAUCACCAAGCACACCUGGAUCACCAAGCACACCAGGAUCACCAAGCACACCAGGAUCACCAAGCACACCAGGAUCACCAAGCACACCUGGAUCACCAAGCACACCUGGAUCACCAAGCACACCAGGAUCACCAAGCACACCUGGAUCACCAAGCACACCAGGAUCACCAAGCACACCAGGAUCACCAAGCACACCAGGAUCACCAAGCACACCUGGAUCACCAAGCACACCUGGAUCACCAAGCACACCUGGAUCACCAAGCACACCUGGAUCACCAAGCACACCUGGAUCACCAAGCACACCAGGAUCACCAAGCACACCAGGAUCACCAAGCACACCUGGAUCACCAAGCACACCUGGAUCACCAAGCACACCAGGAUCACCAAGCACACCAGGAUCACCAAGCACACCUGGAUCACCCAGCACACCAGAGUCACCAAGUACACCUUGCUCUCAAGUUAUGGUUCCAGAGAGAGAUCUUCCAACAAUUAGUCCAAGUUAUCCAGAUAAUGCACCUUCCAAUGAUCGUUUAGUUGUGGUUAGAGAUGACAAGAGUGAUGCCACUGUGGUUUCAGUUAAUGCUCAAGAAUCAUCAACAGGAUCUGUUCUUGUUUCAGAACCAUUCACUCAGCCCAAAGCUGAUGAGCCUGGAAAAUAUGCUGUUGUAUUCUCUACAAGUUCAACACCAACUGGUGCUACACCUCCAACACAAGUGCUAGAUUUUGCAGACACUACAACUAACCCAGAAGUCUUCCAAGUGGAUUCUAAUACCUAUUUAGUUGUUUUCCAAGUAACUGCUAAUAACCCAGUGAAUAUCCCUGCAGGCGCUUCUUCAGCAUAUGUAUUCAAGACCCCAGAUAAUGUUGAUGAAACUAAACAGACAGAUGGACCUAUUUUUGCCAUCACAGACAAAGAUACACCUAUUGAAGUAGUCAAAUGUGCAGAAGAAACUCCAGGAUCACCAAGCACACCAGGAUCACCAAGCACACCAGGAUCACCAAGCACACCAGGAUCACCAAGCACACCAGGAUCACCAAGCACACCUGGAUCACCAAGCACACCAGGAUCACCAAGCACACCAGGAUCACCAAGCACACCAGGAUCACCAAGCACACCUGGAUCACCAAGCACACCAGGAUCACCAAGCACACCUGGAUCACCAAGCACACCUGGAUCACCAAGCACACCUGGAUCACCAAGCACACCUGGAUCACCAAGCACUCCUGGAUCACCAAGCACACCUGGAUCACCUAGCACACCAGGAUCACCAAGCACACCUGGAUCACCAAGCACACCUGGAUCACCAAGCACACCUGGAUCACCAAGCACACCAGGAUCACCAAGCACACCAGGAUCACCAAGCACACCUGGAUCACCAAGUACACCUGGAUCACCAAGCACACCUGGAUCACCAAGUACACCUGGAUCACCAAGCACACCAGGAUCACCAAGCACACCUGGAUCACCAAGCACACCUGGAUCACCAAGCACACCUGGAUCACCAAGCACACCUGGAUCACCAAGCACACCUGGAUCACCAAGCACACCUGGAUCACCAAGCACACCUGGAUCACCAAGCACACCAGGAUCACCAAGCACACCUGGAUCACCAAGCACACCUGGAUCACCAAGCACACCUGGAUCACCAAGCACACCUGGAUCACCAAGCACACCUGGAUCACCAAGCACACCUGGAUCACCAAGCACACCAGGAUCACCAAGCACACCAGGAUCACCAAGCACACCAGGAUCACCAAGCACACCAGGAUCACCAAGCACACCAGGAUCACCAAGCACACCAGGAUCACCAAGCACACCAGGAUCACCCAGCACACCAGAGUCACCAAGUACACCUUGCUCUCAAGUUAUGGUUCCAGAGGGAGAUCUUCCAACAAUUAGUCCAAGUUAUCCAGAUAAUGCACCUUCCAAUGAUCGUUUAGUUGUGGUUAGAGAUGACAAGAGUGAUGCCACUGUGGUUUCAGUUAAUGCUCAAGAAUCAUCAACAGGAUCUGUUCUUGUUUCAGAACCAUUCACUCAGCCCAAAGCUGAUGAGCCUGGAAAAUAUGCUGUUGUAUUCUCAACAAGUUCAACACCAACUGGUGCUACACCUCCAACACAAGUGCAAGAUUUUGCAGACACUACAACUAACCCAGAAGUCUUCCAAGUGGAUUCUAAUACCUAUUUAGUUGUUUUCCAAGUAACUGCUAAUAACCCAGUGAAUAUCCCUGCAGGCGCUUCUUCAGCAUAUGUAUUCAAGACCCCAGAUAAUGUUGAUGAAACUAAACAGACAGAUGGACCUAUUUUUGCCAUCACAGACAAAGAUACACCUAUUGAAGUAGUCAAAUGUGCAGAAGAAACUCCAGGAUCACCAAGCACACCAGGAUCACCAAGCACACCAGGAUCACCAAGCACACCAGGAUCACCAAGCACACCAGGAUCACCAAGCACACCUGGAUCACCAAGCACACCAGGAUCACCAAGCACACCAGGAUCACCAAGCACACCUGGAUCACCAAGCACACCUGGAUCACCAAGCACACCAGGAUCACCAAGCACACCUGGAUCACCAAGCACACCUGGAUCACCAAGCACACCUGGAUCACCAAGCACACCAGGAUCACCAAGCACACCAGGAUCACCAAGCACACCUGGAUCACCAAGUACACCUGGAUCACCAAGCACUCCUGGAUCACCAAGUACACCUGGAUCACCAAGCACACCAGGAUCACCAAGCACACCAGGAUCACCAAGCACACCUGGAUCACCAAGCACACCUGGAUCACCAAGCACACCUGGAUCACCAAGCACACCAGGAUCACCAAGCACACCAGGAUCACCAAGCACACCUGGAUCACCAAGCACACCAGGAUCACCAAGCACACCAGGAUCACCAAGCACACCUGGAUCACCAAGCACACCUGGAUCACCAAGCACACCAGGAUCACCAAGCACACCAGGAUCACCAAGCACACCUGGAUCACCAAGCACACCUGGAUCACCAAGCACACCUGGAUCACCAAGCACACCAGGAUCACCAAGCACACCUGGAUCACCAAGCACACCAGGAUCACCAAGCACACCUGGAUCUCCAAGCACACCUGGAUCACCAAGCACACCAGGAUCACCAAGCACACCAGGAUCACCAAGCACACCAGAGUCACCAAGUACACCUUGCUCUCAAGUUAUGGUUCCAGAGGGAGAUCUUCCAACAAUUAGUCCAAGUUAUCCAGAUAAUGCACCUUCCAAUGAUCGUUUAGUUGUGGUUAGAGAUGACAAGAGUGAUGCCACUGUGGUUUCAGUUAAUGCUCAAGAAUCAUCAACAGGAUCUGUUCUUGUUUCAGAACCAUUCACUCAGCCCAAAGCUGAUGAGCCUGGAAAAUAUGCUGUUGUAUUCUCAACAAGUUCAACACCAACUGGUGCUACACCUCCAACACAAGUGCAAGAUUUUGCAGACACUACAACUAACCCAGAAGUCUUCCAAGUGGAUUCUAAUACCUAUUUAGUUGUUUUCCAAGUAACUGCUAAUAACCCAGUGAAUAUCCCUGCAGGCGCUUCUUCAGCAUAUGUAUUCAAGACCCCAGAUAAUGUUGAUGAAACUAAACAGACAGAUGGACCUAUUUUUGCCAUCACAGACAAAGAUACACCUAUUGAAGUAGUCAAAUGUGCAGAAGAAACUCCAGGAUCACCAAGCACACCUGGAUCACCAAGCACACCAGGAUCACCAAGCACACCAGGAUCACCAAGCACACCUGGAUCACCAAGCACACCAGGAUCACCAAGCACACCUGGAUCACCAAGCACACCUGGAUCACCAAGCACACCUGGAUCACCAAGCACACCUGGAUCACCAAGCACACCUGGAUCACCAAGCACACCUGGAUCACCUAGCACACCAGGAUCACCAAGCACACCAGGAUCACCAAGCACACCUGGAUCACCAAGCACACCUGGAUCACCAAGCACACCAGGAUCACCAAGCACACCUGGAUCACCAAGCACACCAGGAUCACCAAGCACACCUGGAUCACCAAGCACACCUGGAUCACCAAGCACACCUGGAUCACCAAGUACACCUGGAUCACCAAGCACACCAGGAUCACCAAGCACACCAGGAUCACCAAGCACACCUGGAUCACCAAGCACACCUGGAUCACCAAGCACACCUGGAUCACCAAGCACACCAGGAUCACCAAGCACACCAGGAUCACCAAGCACACCUGGAUCACCAAGCACACCAGGAUCACCAAGCACACCAGGAUCACCAAGCACACCUGGAUCACCAAGCACACCUGGAUCACCAAGCACACCAGGAUCACCAAGCACACCAGGAUCACCAAGCACACCUGGAUCACCAAGCACACCUGGAUCACCAAGCACACCUGGAUCACCAAGCACACCAGGAUCACCAAGCACUCCUGGAUCACCAAGCACACCUGGAUCACCAAGCACACCUGGAUCACCAAGCACACCUGGAUCACCAAGCACACCAGGAUCACCCAGCACACCAGAGUCACCAAGUACACCUUGCUCUCAAGUUAUGGUUCCAGAGAGAGAUCUUCCAACAAUUAGUCCAAGUUAUCCAGAUAAUGCACCUUCCAAUGAUCGUUUAGUUGUGGUUAGAGAUGACAAGAGUGAUGCCACUGUGGUUUCAGUUAAUGCUCAAGAAUCAUCAACAGGAUCUGUUCUUGUUUCAGAACCAUUCACUCAGCCCAAAGCUGAUGAGCCUGGAAAAUAUGCUGUUGUAUUCUCAACAAGUUCAACACCAACUGGUGCUACACCUCCAACACAAGUGCAAGAUUUUGCAGACACUACAACUAACCCAGAAGUCUUCCAAGUGGAUUCUAAUACCUAUUUAGUUGUUUUCCAAGUAACUGCUAAUAACCCAGUGAAUAUCCCUGCAGGCGCUUCUUCAGCAUAUGUAUUCAAGACCCCAGAUAAUGUUGAUGAAACUAAACAGACAGAUGGACCUAUUUUUGCCAUCACAGACAAAGAUACACCUAUUGAAGUAGUCAAAUGUGCAGAAGAAACUCCAGGAUCACCAAGCACACCAGGAUCACCAAGCACACCAGGAUCACCAAGCACACCAGGAUCACCAAGCACACCUGGAUCACCAAGCACACCAGGAUCACCAAGCACACCUGGAUCACCAAGCACACCUGGAUCACCAAGCACACCUGGAUCACCAAGUACACCUGGAUCACCAAGUACACCAGGAUCACCAAGCACACCAGGAUCACCAAGCACACCUGGAUCACCAAGCACACCAGGAUCACCAAGCACACCUGGAUCACCAAGCACACCAGGAUCACCAAGCACACCAGGAUCACCAAGCACACCUGGAUCACCAAGCACACCAGGAUCACCAAGCACACCAGGAUCACCAAGCACACCUGGAUCACCAAGCACACCUGGAUCACCAAGCACACCAGGAUCACCAAGCACACCAGGAUCACCAAGCACACCUGGAUCACCAAGCACACCUGGAUCACCAAGCACACCUGGAUCACCAAGCACACCUGGAUCACCAAGCACACCUGGAUCACCAAGCACACCUGGAUCACCAAGCACACCAGGAUCACCAAGCACACCUGGAUCACCAAGCACACCUGGAUCACCAAGCACACCAGGAUCACCCAGCACACCAGAGUCACCAAGUACACCUUGCUCUCAAGUUAUGGUUCCAGAGAGAGAUCUUCCAACAAUUAGUCCAAGUUAUCCAGAUAAUGCACCUUCCAAUGAUCGUCUAGUUGUGGUUAGAGAUGACAAGAGUGAUGCCACUGUGGUUUCAGUUAAUGCUCAAGAAUCAUCAACAGGAUCUGUUCUUGUUUCAGAACCAUUCACUCAGCCCAAAGCUGAUGAGCCUGGAAAAUAUGCUGUUGUAUUCUCAACAAGUUCAACACCAACUGGUGCUACACCUCCAACACAAGUGCAAGAUUUUGCAGACACUACAACUAACCCAGAAGUCUUCCAAGUGGAUUCUAAUACCUAUUUAGUUGUUUUCCAAGUAACUGCUAAUAACCCAGUGAAUAUCCCUGCAGGCGCUUCUUCAGCAUAUGUAUUCAAGACCCCAGAUAAUGUUGAUGAAACUAAACAGACAGAUGGACCUAUUUUUGCCAUCACAGACAAAGAUACACCUAUUGAAGUAGUCAAAUGUGCAGAAGAAACUCCAGGAUCACCAAGCACACCAGGAUCACCAAGCACACCUGGAUCACCAAGCACACCAGGAUCACCAAGCACACCUGGAUCACCAAGCACACCAGGAUCACCAAGCACACCAGGAUCACCAAGCACACCAGGAUCACCAAGCACACCUGGAUCACCAAGCACACCAGGAUCACCAAGCACUCCUGGAUCACCAAGCACACCUGGAUCACCAAGCACACCUGGAUCACCAAGCACUCCAGGAUCACCAAGCACACCAGGAUCACCAAGCACACCUGGAUCACCAAGUACACCUGGAUCACCAAGCACACCUGGAUCACCAAGUACACCUGGAUCACCAAGCACACCAGGAUCACCAAGCACACCAGGAUCACCAAGCACACCUGGAUCACCAAGCACACCUGGAUCACCAAGCACACCAGGAUCACCAAGCACACCAGGAUCACCAAGCACACCUGGAUCACCAAGCACACCUGGAUCACCAAGCACACCUGGAUCACCAAGCACACCAGGAUCACCCAGCACACCAGGAUCACCAAGCACACCAGGAUCACCCAGCACACCAGAGUCACCAAGUACACCUUGCUCUCAAGUUAUGGUUCCAGAGGGAGAUCUUCCAACAAUUAGUCCAAGUUAUCCAGAUAAUGCACCUUCCAAUGAUCGUUUAGUUGUGGUUAGAGAUGACAAGAGUGAUGCCACUGUGGUUUCAGUUAAUGCUCAAGAAUCAUCAACAGGAUCUGUUCUUGUUUCAGAACCAUUCACUCAGCCCAAAGCUGAUGAGCCUGGAAAAUAUGCUGUUGUAUUCUCAACAAGUUCAACACCAACUGGUGCUACACCUCCAACACAAGUGCAAGAUUUUGCAGACACUACAACUAACCCAGAAGUCUUCCAAGUGGAUUCUAAUACCUAUUUAGUUGUUUUCCAAGUAACUGCUAAUAACCCAGUGAAUAUCCCUGCAGGCGCUUCUUCAGCAUAUGUAUUCAAGACCCCAGAUAAUGUUGAUGAAACUAAACAGACAGAUGGACCUAUUUUUGCCAUCACAGACAAAGAUACACCUAUUGAAGUAGUCAAAUGUGCAGAAGAAACUCCAGGAUCACCAAGCACACCAGGAUCACCAAGCACACCAGGAUCACCAAGCACACCAGGAUCACCAAGCACACCAGGAUCACCAAGCACACCAGGAUCACCAAGCACACCAGGAUCACCAAGCACACCAGGAUCACCAAGCACACCAGGAUCACCAAGCACACCUGGAUCACCAAGCACACCAGGAUCACCAAGCACACCUGGAUCACCAAGCACACCUGGAUCACCAAGCACACCUGGAUCACCAAGCACACCUGGAUCACCAAGCACACCUGGAUCACCAAGCACACCUGGAUCACCAAGCACACCUGGAUCACCUAGCACACCAGGAUCACCAAGCACACCAGAAUCACCAAGCACACCUGGAUCACCAAGCACACCUGGAUCACCAAGCACACCAGGAUCACCAAGCACACCUGGAUCACCAAGCACACCUGGAUCACCAAGCACACCUGGAUCACCAAGCACACCUGGAUCACCAAGUACACCUGGAUCACCAAGCACACCAGGAUCACCAAGCACACCAGGAUCACCAAGCACACCUGGAUCACCAAGCACACCUGGAUCACCAAGCACACCUGGAUCACCAAGUACACCUGGAUCACCAAGCACACCAGGAUCACCAAGCACACCAGGAUCACCAAGCACACCUGGAUCACCAAGCACACCUGGAUCACCAAGCACACCUGGAUCACCAAGCACACCAGGAUCACCAAGCACACCAGGAUCACCAAGCACACCUGGAUCACCAAGCACACCAGGAUCACCAAGCACACCAGGAUCACCAAGCACACCUGGAUCACCAAGUACACCUGGAUCACCAAGCACACCAGGAUCACCAAGCACACCAGGAUCACCAAGCACACCUGGAUCACCAAGCACACCUGGAUCACCAAGCACACCUGGAUCACCAAGCACACCUGGAUCACCAAGCACACCUGGAUCACCAAGCACACCUGGAUCACCAAGCACACCUGGAUCACCAAGCACACCUGGAUCACCAAGCACACCUGGAUCACCAAGCACACCAGGAUCACCCAGCACACCAGAGUCACCAAGUACACCUUGCUCUCAAGUUAUGGUUCCAGAGAGAGAUCUUUCAACAAUUAGUCCAAGUUAUCCAGAUAAUGCACCUUCCAAUGAUCGUUUAGUUGUGGUUAGAGAUGACAAGAGUGAUGCCACUGUGGUUUCAGUUAAUGCUCAAGAAUCAUCAACAGGAUCUGUUCUUGUUUCAGAACCAUUCACUCAGCCCAAAGCUGAUGAGCCUGGAAAAUAUGCUGUUGUAUUCUCAACAAGUUCAACACCAACUGGUGCUACACCUCCAACACAAGUGCAAGACUUUGCAGACACUACAACUAACCCAGAAGUCUUCCAAGUGGAUUCUAAUACCUAUUUAGUUGUUUUCCAAGUAACUGCUAAUAACCCAGUGAAUAUCCCUGCAGGCGCUUCUUCAGCAUAUGUAUUCAAGACCCCAGAUAAUGUUGAUGAAACUAAACAGACAGAUGGACCUAUUUUUGCCAUCACAGACAAAGAUACACCUAUUGAAGUAGUCAAAUGUGCAGAAGAAACUCCAGGAUCACCAAGCACACCUGGAUCACCAAGCACACCAGGAUCACCAAGCACACCAGGAUCACCAAGCACACCAGGAUCACCAAGCACACCAGGAUCACCGAGCACACCAGGAUCACCAAGCACACCUGGAUCACCAAGCACACCAGGAACACCAAGCACACCAGGAUCACCAAGCACACCAGGAUCACCAAGCACACCUGGAUCACCAAGCACACCAGGAUCACCAAGCACACCUGGAUCACCAAGCACACCUGGAUCACCAAGCACACCUGGAUCACCAAGCACACCUGGAUCACCAAGCACACCUGGAUCACCAAGCACACCUGGAUCACCUAGCACACCAGGAUCACCAAGCACACCAGGAUCACCAAGCACACCUGGAUCACCAAGCACACCUGGAUCACCAAGCACACCAGGAUCACCAAGCACACCUGGAUCACCAAGUACACCUGGAUCACCAAGCACACCUGGAUCACCAAGUACACCUGGAUCACCAAGCACACCAGGAUCACCAAGCACACCAGGAUCACCAAGCACACCUGGAUCACCAAGCACACCAGGAUCACCAAGCACACCAGGAUCACCAAGCACACCUGGAUCACCAAGCACACCAGGAUCACCAAGCACACCAGGAUCACCAAGCACACCUGGAUCACCAAGCACACCUGGAUCACCAAGCACACCAGGAUCACCAAGCACACCAGGAUCACCAAGCACACCUGGAUCACCAAGCACACCUGGAUCACCAAGCACACCUGGAUCACCAAGCACACCAGGAUCACCAAGCACACCUGGAUCACCAAGCACACCUGGAUCACCAAGCACACCAGGAUCACCAAGCACACCAGGAUCACCAAGCACACCUGGAUCACCAAGCACACCAGGAUCACCCAGCACACCAGAAUCACCAAGUACACCUUGCUCUCAAGUUAUGGUUCCAGAGGGAGAUCUUCCAACAAUUAGUCCAAGUUAUCCAGAUAAUGCACCUUCCAAUGAUCGUUUAGUUGUGGUUAGAGAUGACAAGAGUGAUGCCACUGUGGUUUCAGUUAAUGCUCAAGAAUCAUCAACAGGAUCUGUUCUUGUUUCAGAACCAUUUACUCAGCCCAAAGCUGAUGAGCCUGGAACAUAUGCUGUUGUAUUCUCUACAAGUUCAACACCAACUGGUGCUACACCUCCAACACAAGUGCAAGAUUUUGCAGACACUACAACUAACCCAGAAGUCUUCCAAGUGGAUUCUAAUACCUAUUUAGUUGUUUUCCAAGUAACUGCUAAUAACCCAGUGAAUAUCCCUGCAGGCGCUUUUUCAGCAUAUGUAUUCAAGACCCCAGAUAAUGUUGAUGAAACUAAACAGACAGAUGGACCUAUUUUUGCCAUCACAGACAAAGAUACACCUAUUGAAGUAGUCAAAUGUGCAGAAGAAACUCCAGGAUCACCAAGCACACCUGGAUCACCAAGCACACCAGGAUCACCAAGCACACCAGGAUCACCAAGCACACCAGGAUCACCAAGCACACCAGGAUCACCGAGCACACCAGGAUCACCAAGCACACCUGGAUCACCAAGCACACCAGGAACACCAAGCACACCAGGAUCACCAAGCACACCAGGAUCACCAAGCACACCUGGAUCACCAAGCACACCAGGAUCACCAAGCACACCUGGAUCACCAAGCACACCUGGAUCACCAAGCACACCUGGAUCACCAAGCACACCUGGAUCACCAAGCACACCUGGAUCACCAAGCACACCUGGAUCACCUAGCACACCAGGAUCACCAAGCACACCAGGAUCACCAAGCACACCUGGAUCACCAAGCACACCUGGAUCACCAAGCACACCAGGAUCACCAAGCACACCUGGAUCACCAAGUACACCUGGAUCACCAAGCACACCUGGAUCACCAAGUACACCUGGAUCACCAAGCACACCAGGAUCACCAAGCACACCAGGAUCACCAAGCACACCUGGAUCACCAAGCACACCAGGAUCACCAAGCACACCAGGAUCACCAAGCACACCUGGAUCACCAAGCACACCAGGAUCACCAAGCACACCAGGAUCACCAAGCACACCUGGAUCACCAAGCACACCUGGAUCACCAAGCACACCAGGAUCACCAAGCACACCAGGAUCACCAAGCACACCUGGAUCACCAAGCACACCUGGAUCACCAAGCACACCUGGAUCACCAAGCACACCAGGAUCACCAAGCACACCUGGAUCACCAAGCACACCUGGAUCACCAAGCACACCAGGAUCACCAAGCACACCAGGAUCACCAAGCACACCUGGAUCACCAAGCACACCAGGAUCACCCAGCACACCAGAAUCACCAAGUACACCUUGCUCUCAAGUUAUGGUUCCAGAGGGAGAUCUUCCAACAAUUAGUCCAAGUUAUCCAGAUAAUGCACCUUCCAAUGAUCGUUUAGUUGUGGUUAGAGAUGACAAGAGUGAUGCCACUGUGGUUUCAGUUAAUGCUCAAGAAUCAUCAACAGGAUCUGUUCUUGUUUCAGAACCAUUUACUCAGCCCAAAGCUGAUGAGCCUGGAACAUAUGCUGUUGUAUUCUCUACAAGUUCAACACCAACUGGUGCUACACCUCCAACACAAGUGCAAGAUUUUGCAGACACUACAACUAACCCAGAAGUCUUCCAAGUGGAUUCUAAUACCUAUUUAGUUGUUUUCCAAGUAACUGCUAAUAACCCAGUGAAUAUCCCUGCAGGCGCUUCUUCAGCAUAUGUAUUCAAGACCCCAGAUAAUGUUGAUGAAACUAAACAGACAGAUGGACCUAUUUUUGCCAUCACAGACAAAGAUACACCUAUUGAAGUAGUCAAAUGUGCAGAAGAAACUCCAGGAUCACCAAGCACACCUGGAUCACCAAGCACACCAGGAUCACCAAGCACACCAGGAUCACCAAGCACACCAGGAUCACCAAGCACACCAGGAUCACCGAGCACACAAGGAUCACCAAGCACACCUGGAUCACCAAGCACACCAGGAACACCAAGCACACCAGGAUCACCAAGCACACCAGGAUCACCAAGCACACCUGGAUCACCAAGCACACCAGGAUCACCAAGCACACCUGGAUCACCAAGCACACCUGGAUCACCAAGCACACCUGGAUCACCAAGCACACCUGGAUCACCAAGCACACCUGGAUCACCAAGCACACCUGGAUCACCUAGCACACCAGGAUCACCAAGCACACCAGGAUCACCAAGCACACCUGGAUCACCAAGCACACCUGGAUCACCAAGCACACCAGGAUCACCAAGCACACCUGGAUCACCAAGUACACCUGGAUCACCAAGCACACCUGGAUCACCAAGUACACCUGGAUCACCAAGCACACCAGGAUCACCAAGCACACCAGGAUCACCAAGCACACCUGGAUCACCAAGCACACCAGGAUCACCAAGCACACCAGGAUCACCAAGCACACCUGGAUCACCAAGCACACCAGGAUCACCAAGCACACCAGGAUCACCAAGCACACCUGGAUCACCAAGCACACCUGGAUCACCAAGCACACCAGGAUCACCAAGCACACCAGGAUCACCAAGCACACCUGGAUCACCAAGCACACCUGGAUCACCAAGCACACCUGGAUCACCAAGCACACCAGGAUCACCAAGCACACCUGGAUCACCAAGCACACCUGGAUCACCAAGCACACCAGGAUCACCAAGCACACCAGGAUCACCAAGCACACCUGGAUCACCAAGCACACCAGGAUCACCCAGCACACCAGAAUCACCAAGUACACCUUGCUCUCAAGUUAUGGUUCCAGAGGGAGAUCUUCCAACAAUUAGUCCAAGUUAUCCAGAUAAUGCACCUUCCAAUGAUCGUUUAGUUGUGGUUAGAGAUGACAAGAGUGAUGCCACUGUGGUUUCAGUUAAUGCUCAAGAAUCAUCAACAGGAUCUGUUCUUGUUUCAGAACCAUUUACUCAGCCCAAAGCUGAUGAGCCUGGAACAUAUGCUGUUGUAUUCUCUACAAGUUCAACACCAACUGGUGCUACACCUCCAACACAAGUGCAAGAUUUUGCAGACACUACAACUAACCCAGAAGUCUUCCAAGUGGAUUCUAAUACCUAUUUAGUUGUUUUCCAAGUAACUGCUAAUAACCCAGUGAAUAUCCCUGCAGGCGCUUCUUCAGCAUAUGUAUUCAAGACCCCAGAUAAUGUUGAUGAAACUAAACAGACAGAUGGACCUAUUUUUGCCAUCACAGACAAAGAUACACCUAUUGAAGUAGUCAAAUGUGCAGAAGAAACUCCAGGAUCACCAAGCACACCAGGAUCACCAAGCACACCAGGAUCACCAAGCACACCAGGAUCACCAAGCACACCAGGAUCACCAAGCACACCUGGAUCACCUAGCACACCUGGAUCACCAAGCACACCUGGAUCACCAAGCACACCAGGAUCACCAAGCACACCUGGAUCACCAAGCACACCUGGAUCACCAAGUACACCUGGAUCACCAAGCACACCAGGAUCACCAAGCACACCAGGAUCACCAAGCACACCUGGAUCACCAAGCACACCAGGAUCACCAAGCACACCUGGAUCACCAAGCACACCAGGAUCACCAAGCACACCAGGAUCACCAAGCACACCUGGAUCACCAAGCACACCAGGAUCACCAAGCACACCAGGAUCACCAAGCACACCUGGAUCACCAAGCACACCUGGAUCACCAAGCACACCAGGAUCACCAAGCACACCAGGAUCACCAAGCACACCUGGAUCACCAAGCACACCUGGAUCACCAAGCACACCUGGAUCACCAAGCACACCUGGAUCACCAAGCACACCUGGAUCACCAAGCACACCUGGAUCACCAAGCACACCUGGAUCACCAAGCACACCAGGAUCACCCAGCACACCAGAGUCACCAAGUACACCUUGCUCUCAAGUUAUGGUUCCAGAGAGAGAUCUUCCAACAAUUAGUCCAAGUUAUCCAGAUAAUGCACCUUCCAAUGAUCGUUUAGUUGUGGUUAGAGAUGACAAGAGUGAUGCCACUGUGGUUUCAGUUAAUGCUCAAGAAUCAUCAACAGGAUCUGUUCUUGUUUCAGAACCAUUUACUCAGCCCAAAGCUGAUGAGCCUGGAACAUAUGCUGUUGUAUUCUCUACAAGUUCAACACCAACUGGUGCUACACCUCCAACACAAGUGCAAGAUUUUGCAGACACUACAACUAACCCAGAAGUCUUCCAAGUUGAUUCUAAUACCUAUUUAGUUGUUUUCCAAGUAACUGCUAAUAACCCAGUGAAUAUCCCUGCAGGCGCUUCUUCAGCAUAUGUAUUCAAGACCCCAGAUAAUGUUGAUGAAACUAAACAGACAGAUGGACCUAUUUUUGCCAUCACAGACAAAGAUACACCUAUUGAAGUAGUCAAAUGUGCAGAAGAAACUCCAGGAUCACCAAGCACACCAGGAUCACCAAGCACACCAGGAUCACCAAGCACACCAGGAUCACCAAGCACACCAGGAUCACCUAGCACACCUGGAUCACCAAGCACACCUGGAUCACCAAGCACACCAGGAUCACCAAGCACACCUGGAUCACCAAGCACACCAGGAUCACCAAGCACACCUGGAUCACCAAGCACACCAGGAUCACCAAGCACACCUGGAUCACCAAGCACACCUGGAUCACCAAGCACACCUGGAUCACCAAGCACACCUGGAUCACCAAGCACACCUGGAUCACCUAGCACACCAGGAUCACCAAGCACACCAGGAUCACCAAGCACACCUGGAUCACCAAGCACACCUGGAUCACCAAGCACACCAGGAUCACCAAGCACACCUGGAUCACCAAGCACACCUGGAUCACCAAGCACACCUGGAUCACCAAGUACACCUGGAUCACCAAGCACACCAGGAUCACCAAGCACACCAGGAUCACCAAGCACACCUGGAUCACCAAGCACACCUGGAUCACCAAGCACACCUGGAUCACCAAGCACACCAGGAUCACCAAGCACACCAGGAUCACCAAGCACACCUGGAUCACCAAGCACACCAGGAUCACCAAGCACACCAGGAUCACCAAGCACACCUGGAUCACCAAGCACACCUGGAUCACCAAGCACACCAGGAUCACCAAGCACACCAGGAUCACCAAGCACACCUGGAUCACCAAGCACACCUGGAUCACCAAGCACACCUGGAUCACCAAGCACACCUGGAUCACCAAGCACACCUGGAUCACCAAGCACACCAGGAUCACCCAGCACACCAGAGUCACCAAGUACACCUUGCUCUCAAGUUAUGGUUCCAGAGAGAGAUCUUCCAACAAUUAGUCCAAGUUAUCCAGAUAAUGCACCUUCCAAUGAUCGUUUAGUUGUGGUUAGAGAUGACAAGAGUGAUGCCACUGUGGUUUCAGUUAAUGCUCAAGAAUCAUCAACAGGAUCUGUUCUUGUUUCAGAACCAUUUACUCAGCCCAAAGCUGAUGAGCCUGGAACAUAUGCUGUUGUAUUCUCUACAAGUUCAACACCAACUGGUGCUACACCUCCAACACAAGUGCAAGAUUUUGCAGACACUACAACUAACCCAGAAGUCUUCCAAGUUGAUUCUAAUACCUAUUUAGUUGUUUUCCAAGUAACUGCUAAUAACCCAGUGAAUAUCCCUGCAGGCGCUUCUUCAGCAUAUGUAUUCAAGACCCCAGAUAAUGUUGAUGAAACUAAACAGACAGAUGGACCUAUUUUUGCCAUCACAGACAAAGAUACACCUAUUGAAGUAGUCAAAUGUGCAGAAGAAACUCCAGGAUCACCAAGCACACCAGGAUCACCAAGCACACCAGGAUCACCAAGCACACCAGGAUCACCAAGCACACCAGGAUCACCAAGCACACCUGGAUCACCAAGCACACCAGGAUCACCAAGCACACCUGGAUCACCAAGCACACCAGGAUCACCAAGCACACCAGGAUCACCAAGCACACCAGGAUCACCAAGCACACCUGGAUCACCAAGCACACCUGGAUCACCAAGCACACCAGGAUCACCAAGCACACCUGGAUCACCAAGCACUCCUGGAGUUUGCCUCUACGAAGUUGAUGUGACAGAUGCUGAUUUAUCAACUCUUCCUAUUGGACAAAUUAAAAGGUCACCUUUAUCUGAUGUUACUGGAUCAAAUUUUGAUUUCAAUGUUGGUCCAAAUAUCAACACUGUGUCAGUAGAAUUUGAAUUGUUUGUAGAGGGUCAGUUAAUGGCAACCCAAUUAACUGGAGGAUUUGAGAAUUAUCAAGUUGCUCUAAAACAAAAAGAUGGAUCCUUAUCAUUUAUUGAGAGUGUUGAUGGCAUUGAUAAAUUUUCAACUGCUUCAGAGUAUUUCUUUACUACUGUAGUCCCAGAAGAAACAACUAUUGUAUUUAUUAUCACUGGAACAAACAAUGGCUUUAGUGUCAGAUUUGAUAAAGUUAAGAUUUGUUUGACAGAAACUGGUUUCUGCUCAGUGAGAGCUGCUGAUAUACUUAAGGCUCUUAACUUCAUGCCAUUAAAUAAUGAAGUUGGUGAAAAUAGUGAGACUGGUGAAGUGGUUUACACAGGAGAUUUCAUUGGUGAUGGUGUCAAUGUUAAAGGAUCAUGCUAUGUCUGCACCUGUAACAAUGGUAAACUUGAAUGCCAUGAGGUCUCAAAUUGUAGCGAAUGUCCAACUAAUUCAACUAAACAAUGUAAAGGAGAUUGUAUAAAUGGAGUCAUAGAUGUAACUUAUCCUAACCCUGGUGUACCUGGUCACUGUCAAGUGGAUCCUUCACCAUGUAUUCCAGAAGGAUGCACAACACCUGCCAAUUGCCCAACUCCUUGGUCACAAUGGUCACCAUGCUCUGCCAGCUGCAUACAGUUCCGUAGUCGUCAAUGUGGAGAUGAAUGUGGAGACCUGUGUGACAAUGUCAACAACACACAAACUCAGGAAUGUGGAAACUGUGUUCCAAUUUCAACAACACCACUUGAAUGCAAUGAAAAUGAAGUCCCAGAAUGUGUCAGCAAAUACGAAGAAUGUAUGGAAUCUUGUGCUGUGUUCAGGAAAGCUUCAACAUGUGAUUCACUCAAGGAUGAUGAUACAUGUGUAGACAAAUGUAAAUGUGCUGAUGGAUACAAACGUGAUUCUACUGGUCAGUGUGUUAAAGCAGAAGAAUGUGAGUGCUAUGAAGGCAUUAUGGCUACUACACCCAUUCCACAAUCAUAUAAAGUUAAUGUCUCCAAAUGUCGCUACUGUGAAUGUGAAAUGGCUGGUCUUGUCUGCCAAGAAUAUUCCGAUUGUUGUGAACUGUCAGAAUGGUCUGAUUGGUCUGAAUGCUCAAAGACAUGCGAUCAAGGAACAAGAUCUAGAACAAGAGAAAAGUAUGGCAAUGGCUGUCCAGCAGAAACACAACUUAUCCAGACACAGUCCUGCAACCUGGGAGAAUGUCCAUGUACAUUUGAAGGAGAAGUAUGGGAAUCUGGCAAAGUUGUCAAAGAUCAAUGCCGUGAAUGUUCUUGCACCAAUGGAGAGAUGAAAUGUCAAAUCUAUGAAAACAAUGACAUCUGGCCCAACAAGGAAUGCACAGAGAAUUGUUAUUGUAAUAGCAGUGGAAUUAUGGAAUGUGUUAAGGAUCCUGCACUUGAUUCAUGCAGAGAAAUUAAAGAAAACUGCAAUAAUGAAACUCACAUCCUGCAAUACACUGAAGGAAAUGAUUGCUGUCCUCAAUGUAUACCUGUGAUGAUACCAUGUACAUACAAAGUCAGCUCCACAGAACCUCUCCAAGUCACUGACAGUGUGUCUGGACUCUGUGUGUCUCAGCCCUUAGAUAUCGGAAUGUGUUCAGGAACAUGUGGCUACAGCACAGAUAUGGUUGUCAACAGAAAGUUCCAGUCUGGAAGAUUUGAACUCUUUACUGAACAGAACUGUGCAUGCUGCAAGGCUAGCACUUCAAGUAAAUCAGUAGACUUCCAGUGUGCUGAUGGUACAACCAAAUCUUACCUAGUCUCUUACAUCUCUGGAUGUAGCUGUGACAGAUGCCAAUAGCCAAAUAAGGACAAUUAAACAGAUUUACGCCUAUGGACAUGAUAAUUAGUUGCAGUUAAUGUAUCAAUGAAACUGUAAUGAAAUAAAGAAAUUUCACUAUAUAA